AUGCGGCGAGCCUCUGAAAGCAUUGGCUGCGUGUGCGGCAGCUGCGGCGCCCCCUGCAUCGUGGCGUUCUCUGGAAAGCGGCAGUACCUGGAGCUCCUCAACGCAGACCCCUCCGCCCUGCCGCCGUCCCAGCGCACGUGGGUCACCGUGGCGCCAGGCGGGCAGGGGCCCGCCCUGGCGAGGCCCCAGGGCAGCGGCCCGCGGCAGGGCGGCCGCGGCGGCGGCGGCGGCAGCCCCAAGAAGGCCGCGACGGUGGACCUCGGCCCGCAGGCGCGGCUGCCGCGCGGAUGGCCGCUGCCCGCGUCGACGGAGGUGUGGGUGCUGACGUCGACCAGCGGCGCGAGCGCGCUGACGAACGAGCAGCGGUCGGCGCCGUACCAGGCCCUGGCGGCGCGGCUGGGGCAGGUGCCCUGGCCCCGCGACGUCCGGCCGGCGUGCGUGGCGGCCGCUGCUGCUGCCUCGGAUGGCGGCGCCGCGGCGGAGAGCGGGGGUGGGGGGCUGUUUGCGAGGCUUGGGGGUCCGCCUGCUGAGGGCGGUGGGUCCGGCUAG